AUGUCCAAACAAUCAAACAUAGAAUUUGAUCUAGAAUUAACAAGACAUUCAAUAAAAAAAGAAACUUUGACUAAAACGAAAAAUCAAUCGAUAGAGAAAAAUUAUAUUUGUCAACGAUAUGCAACAAGACAUGGGCUUAUUGUUGCAACUACAAAGCAGUCGCAACUAAAAAACGAAUCGAAAGUAUUUACUUCUUCUAGUCAGCCAAAAAAAUUCGCUCGUCAAAUUCAAGAAACAAAUAUAAAUACAACUAUUAUUGACAUAUUAGAAAAAUCUUCCGAUGAUUGUCCAUUGACUGAAACAUCUCUUAAAGAACGGCUAGAUCAGUAUUUCAAUAAAGAUAAUCAAAGAUUAAUAAUAAGUACGGAAACUAAACAAAAUCUCAAUAGAUUACAAAAAAUAACAGAUGAUGUUAAAUUAUUAACUAAACAACUUCAAUUAUCGGUCGAAUAUAACAAAAAUAAUAGCUCUACCACUUCUCUCUUAGAUGAACGUUUACUUGGUGAAAUAUGUUAUCAAUUAGAACGACACAUUUUAGUUAUAAUAUUUUCUAAAUCAAAACAACUCUAUGGUUAUUCACUUCGCUAUUUAUCAUCAAUAAUUCAAAAUGAAUCACAUAAAUGUGAUCGUUCUAUACAUAGAAAACGUUUUCUUCAAAUAGAAAAAUAUCUUUCAAAAACAAAUUUUCGUUUUAAUUAUCAUUCCAUAUUAACAUUUUAUUUUAUAAAUAAAUAUGGCAUUUAUUCCGAUUAUCAAUGGUUAAAAGUCUACUCAAAUAUUCUAUCAAAUUUAAAUGAUUUAAAAUCAUUUUGUUAUUCAAUAUUAUCAAACCAUUUUCACGAAGAUUUAUCAAUAAUUAUUGACAGCCUUGAAUUAAUUUCAAAUUUUGAUCAUAAACCAUUAUUCUUCUGGUAA